UCCCAUUCGCAACGGGCUUGCAUCAUGAAGCUCAUCAAGCACGCUGUUUUGCUGGUCGCCCUCUGCUCCGUUGUCGCACGGGCAGAGCCGAGUGUGCCCUUCAUUGGGGAUCUGUGGAGUGGCAUUGGUGAAAUCGGGCAGGACAUUAUCGAUGGCAUCAGGAAUGCGACGCAGGAAGGUGCUGAUAUAGCUGGCGAUUUCCUUCAUCACUUUCAAAAUGCCACCGACGAGUUUGUGGGCGAUGCCAAGGAAUAUAGCCAGUCCGUGCUGGAGGAGCUACACGAUGGCGUCGUCAAGGGCCUCGCCAGCUUCGCAAGAAAUGUGCUCCUCACGCUGGAGAAUCUGCAGCAGACGAUCAGCAAGGUGAGCAACAAUAUUAAGCGUCAGGUCUUGCAAGACGCACUCGACGUGCUCGUCCGCAUCAAUGCCACCGCCACUGAGCUGGAGACCGAUGUGGCCAACAUUGGAAUCGAGCUGCAACAGCGCAUCGAGAGUCACAGAGCGGAAAUUGAGACUGUAUUGAACCAGUGGUCUAAGAGUCAGCUGGAUACUGUUGACCAAGAGACCGACGGAGCCGGCGUGAAGGAAGCCGAGCAGCUGAUCAACGAAUUAGUCCUGCGCUAUGGCACAUAUCUGAACAGUUGUGCCGAAGAAGUUGAACUCCGUAAGGUAGGCUUCGAGCUGCAGGUCUCCGAUGUCAUCGAGCAAUACCAUAAUGCCACCACAGCACUGGCCAUCCAAAUCGACAGCUGUCUAAGGAGCACCAACAGCGGACGAUCCGCUCGCAACUGUCGCAAUGGUGUGCAAGGCGCGCUGGCCAAUCUCAUUCAAGCGCCAAAGAAUCUAGAGGACUUGAAAGCAGCAGGUGCCCAGCUGAUUAGCUCUGGACUCCAGGGCAGCGUGUGUGUUGUACAAACUUUGCAGGAGCUUGCGAAUGAAAAGCUGAGCGUGGAAAUCAAAAUCGAUAUCAUUAUUGGGCAGAACAAGAAAGCGCCAGAAUAUGAUUCCACAACCUUACCUAUUGGAUCGGAAUGAUUUACAAAUCCUGGACAUUGGUACAUACAAUUUAAAAGCACGGUGUUGGGUAAAUUAAGCAUAAUACAAAAGCCUUUUUCUUUCAAUGCAAAAUCAAAUAGGGCUAUAUACAUACUUGUACAGAAAAAUAAAUUUGUUCAAUGCAAAAUCAAA